CCCACUGGGGCAGCUUCAAGGGAUGCUGGGAAUCUCCUGUGGCCUGUCUCAGCUUCUCUAAGGCUCACAGCUGUGCUUCUUGGCCGUUUGCUGGGUGAGAGGAGGAGGGGAGGGAGUUGAUGCGCAGGCACGGCCCUGGCUCCCUGCUCUUGCAGUUGAGUCUUACUGCAGACUAACUUUUGGGGAGCGGGAAGACCCGGGUGGACCAGUUCCUCCUUCCUGAGCUGGGAAUUGUGGGGGCUGCGUGCGCAUGUGCACCAAGAGAGGCGGAGCCGGAGCCCCAGUGCGCCCACCGAGGACGUCUCCCCCCUCGGGGCUGCCAUCCCCGGAAGCACCCCAGGGUGGCCCCGCAGAGAGCCUGCAGCCAGAGAGAAUGGCGCCCGGGACCCCCUCCCAGGGGUCCAUAACACUCAAGGAUGUGGCUGUGGACUUCACCCAGGAGGAGUGGGGCCUCUUGGACCAUUCUCAGAAAGACUUGUGCCUGGAGGUCAUGCUGGAGAACAUACAGAAUCUACUGUCUGUGGGGCUUCCAAUGCUUAGAGAAAAAUUUAUCUCCUGUUUUCAGCAAGGAGAAGCACCAUGGCUGUUAGACAAAAAAGACCCAAGGAGCUCUUGUUCAGAGGCUGAGACUACUUUUGAAGUGACGGAGAUGACUACAAUGCCAAGCUUUUUUGUGAAAAGAUAUGACCCCCAAAGAUGCAUGAAUGAGGGUCCCUCUGGCUUCGUUUUGAGAGAAAUCAUUGACUCUAAUAUCAAGGUAAAUAAAAAUCCAAAGAGUCACAAUGUAUUUGAUGAAAAGACAGAGAAAUUCAGCCAAUAUUCAGUCCUAUAUCAGUAUAUGAAAUUGGCCUUAGGUAAUUGUCAGGAUCACGAAUAUGUCAAGUGCUCUCCUGAAGAAGUAGGACUUAUUCAGUGGCAUGAGAAACCUCUGGAUGUGCCCAUGUAUCAAUGUGACCUAGGUGGAAUGGCCUUUGACUGCAGUUCAGACCUCAGGAGACAUCCAAAAAGGAAAUGUGUAAAGAUAGUUUCUAUGAGUAAUAAAGGUGGGAAACCUUCCAGUCAGAACUCUGAGCCUGCUGCACAUGAAAUAAUACACUCUGGAGAGAAACCUUAUGAAUGUAAAGAGUGUGGGAAGGCUUUCACAUGGAAAGUCUCUCUUGCUGCACAUCAGAGAAUCCACACUGGAGAGAAACCUUUUGAAUGUAAACAGUGUGGAAAGGCUUUUAUAUGGAAGGUCUCUUUUACUGAACAUCAGAGAAUCCAUACUGGAGAGAAACCUUAUGAGUGUAAACACUGUGGAAAAGCUUUCACAAAGAGGGGCCAUCUUGUCAGUCAUCAGAGAAUGCACACUGGAGAGAAACCUUAUGAAUGUAAACAGUGUGGAAAGGCUUUUACAUGGAAGGUCUCCUUUACUGAACAUCAGCGAAUCCACAGUGGAGAGAAACCUUAUGAAUGUAAACACUGUGGAAAGGCUUUCACUCAGAGGAGCCAUCUUGCUACACAUCAGAGAAUCCACACUGGAGAGAAACCUUAUGAAUGUAAACAGUGUGGAAAGGCUUUCACAGAGAGGGGCUCUCUUGCUAAACAUCAGAGAAUUCACACAGGAGAGAAACCUUAUGAAUGUAAGCACUGUGGAAAGGCUUUCACAAAUAGUGGCUAUCUUGCUGUACAUCAAAGAAUCCACACUGGAGAGAAACCUUAUGAAUGUAACCACUGUGGAAAGGCUUUCACAGAGAGGGGUUCUCUUGCUGUACAUCAGAGAAUCCACACUGGAGAGAAACCUUAUGAGUGUAAACAAUGUGGAAAGGCUUUCACAGAUAGCGGCUCUCUUGCUAAACAUCAGAGAAGUCACAGUGGAGAUAAACCUUAUGAAUGUAAACAUUGUGGAAAGGCAUUUACGUGGAAGGUCUCUUUUACUGAACAUCAGAGAAGCCACAGUGGAGAGAAACCUUAUGAAUGUAAACACUGUGGAAAGGCUUUCACAAAAAGUGGCCAUCUUGCCAGUCAUCAGAGAAUCCACACUGGAGAGAAACCUUAUCAGUGUAAACACUGUGGAAAGGCUUUCACAGAUAGAGGCAAUCAUGCCAUUCAUCAGAGAAUCCACACUGGAGAGAAACCUUAUGAAUGUAAACAAUGUGGAAAGGCUUUCACACAGAGAGGCUCUCUUGCCAUUCAUCUGAGGAGCCACAGUGGAGAGAAACCUUAUGAAUGUAAACAAUGUGGAAAGGCUUUCAGAGAUAGUGGCUCUCUUGCUGCACAUCAGAGAAUCCACAGUGGAGAGAAACCUUAUGAAUGUACGCAGUGUGGAAAGGCUUUCACACAGAGAGGCCAGCUUACUGUACAUCAGAGAAGCCACAGUGGAGAGAAACCUUAUGAAUGUAAACAGUGUGGAAAGGCUUUCACAAAUAGAGGCAAUCUUGCCAAACAUCAGAGAAUCCACAGUGGCGAGAAACCUUUUGAAUGUAAACAGUGUGGGAAAGCUUUCACACGGAGGAGCUCUCUUGCACAACAUCAGAGAAUUCAUGGUGGAGAGAAACCUUAUGAAUGUAAACAAUGUGGAAAGGCUUUCAGAUGGAGGGAGUCUCUUGCCAGACAUCAGAGCAUCCAUAUUGGAUAGAAACUGUGGAUAUCAUUAAUUUGAAUAGGCUUUCAUAUAUAGCUCCAUAGUUGUUUCAUGUCAGAAAAUCUUCACUGGAGAGAAGCCUUAUGAAUGAGACUAAACUUAUACUUGCUAGUUUUAGAUUAUUUAUCAUAAGAAGAUCCACACUAGAUAGAAAGUUAAGGAAUAUUAUAAAUGUGGUAAGUCCUUCAGGCAAUGAUCAUUUCUUAUUACCAAGCAAGAAUUCCUUUGGGAUAAAAAUCUUGUUACUGUCAUGAAUGAAGAAAGACAUUGAAAUGGAGAGUCCAGAGCUUGUUCAGUAUGAAAAAAAUGUCUUCUGAACAGAUCAGUUCCAGAUGGAUUGCCUGGGGGAAGGCUUUCAGCCAGGAUCCUAUCUUUUACAUCAUAUCAGAGGAUUCCUGGUGCAGAAAAUACUUAAUCUGGGUGCUCAGGUUUUAUGUGUUUUCCACAGGAGGAGGGUGAUCACUUAUUUAGGGAAAUGCAAAUUAUAAUAAGCCUGAGGGAUCACCCCAUAUAUUUUAUUUUUUAAUUUAUUUUUAUUAAACCCUUGCCUUCCAUCUUGGAAUCAAUACUGUGUAUUGGUUACAAGGCAGAAGAGUGGUAAGUGCUAGGCAGUGGGGGUUAAGUGACUUGCUCAGGGUUAACCAGCUUUGAAGUGUCUGAUGCCAGAUUUGAAUCUAGGACCUCCCAUCUCUCGGCCUGGCUCUCAAUCCACUUAACUACCUGGCUUUCCCCCACCCCAUAUCUUUUAGAUUUGCCAUUAUGACAGAAAAAGAAAGUGACAAAGUUGGAGGAGAUGUGAGGAAACAGAUACUCAAUUGAUUCAGCAAAUCUGGAGAGAGCAAUUUGAAACUAUGUCCAAAGGGCAGUAAAAAACAUAAACAGGGAAAGGACCUAUAGGUACUGAAAAAAAAAUCACUUAAAACUGCUCUUUUUGAGGUGACUUGAUAUAGAAUGACACAAAUUUCUCACUCCAUGCACUUACAUUUUGUCAAUGAAUCAAUACUGUGUAUUGGUUCCAAGGCAGAAGAAUGGCAAAGGCUGGGCAUUUGGGGUUAAAGUUCUUACCCAGGUUCACAAAACUAGGGAGUGUCUGAGGCCAGGUCUGAAGCCAGGACCUCUCAUCUCUAGGCUUGGCAGCUGUAUCCAUUGAGUAUCCAUUGAACCAUUUAGGUGCCCCUACUUCACUAAUUCUACAUUUCUAUUAAAUUUGCUUAUUGCCUGCUCUCUCACAUUUGGAAAAGGAGUGUAAAAUUGAAAAAUUUAAUCUCUAAUAAUAAAAUAUUUUAUGGAGGUUUAUUAAAGAUCAUUAAAAUCAAGGAAUAAAGAGGGUAGAAAAUAAAAACCACAUGCCCAUGGUUGAUUAGCCAUUUUAAAAUUCCCAUUCACCACCAUCACCACUGGCUGCAAGCCCAAGAAGAAAUGAGACUCUCUGUCCUCACAUUAUAUCCUCUGUCUACAGGAAGUAUAUAAUGACAGGAAGUCAGGGGGCUCUCAGGAAAUGUAGUUCUUUUUUAUGGUAACAGAUUUUCAAUUAUACAGUAGAUAAUACUCUUAAUUUUCAGGCUUUUAAAUUUCUACUCCAAGCUUCCCAUUUUUGCUAGGUAGUUCUUUUCUCCUAUGUAUCUGCCUUUCUUAUCUCAUAUUGUCAAUUGCUCAAGACAUCAUAUAAAUUAGUAGACACUUUUCCAGUAUAACCAUAGUAAAACAAAACAGGCUUAUCAAAAAAGAGCAACUUUCCUAAGAAAUCUUUUUAAUCCCUGAGUUUAUAUACUAUUGUCAAUGUGGAAUCUAGAAACCCCCAAUCUUGAAGCCUUGUAAGAUCUGAUGAACCCGUAAGUUGGAGAUCCCAAUUCCCUGAGAAACCACCCUGAAGGGAAUCUCAGGCUAGCAGUUUCAGACUGAAUCAUGGACCCUAAGAAGUUUGAGGGGGCUAAGCAAAUGCUAAGUACUCUUUUUCUUAGGUAGUCUCCCAUUGUAUCAGAGACCCUUACACUUGGGUGGUGAAAUAGUGGAGUAUAAUAAUGCGGUACACUGAGGUGUGUGAAUGAUACCUCAGUUCCCUUUUACUGCCUUACUACAUUGGACCAGCUGCAACUAAGUCUUUCAAGCAGUUGUAAAAAACAGGUUUAUUGGUAAGUAAGAGAUAGGGAGGGAGGAUUUAGGAUUGAGAAUGCCCAGUCACUAAUUCUCUCACUUCCCUUUAUGUUUAUUGCAUGGUGAACCCUUCUUGAUCUUGAGGCUCCCUAAAAAUCCUUUUUGCUUCUGACUAAUAAUGCAAAAAUUCCCCUCUCUUCUUCCUUAUACUAUAAAUGUUCCCUUUAUUGGUUUAUCAGGAUGUGACAGGUUUCAGGUUGAAAGGAUGAACCCUGUAUGUUGAAGUGCAACCCAGGUGGGCUGGGUCUAAGGUUGACCCUCAGCCCUCACACCAACAACUGCAUCAGAAACAUGAUGUUCUUUUUGCAAGGUUUGAGAGUGUAGGAUCUUCUUCAGGAUGGUUUUUCUGGAGAGGAAAGGUACUCCCAAAGAAAUCAAAAGGUUUCCCUUGUCUCACAGGCUGUGUAAUAGUUAAAGGAAUUUUAGGGAUUAAAGAAGUACAGGGGAUAAGGAAGGUUUUGUAACAGGGAAUGGGGGAGUUGAAGGGAUAGAGGGAAUAUGGAUGCUGGUGAGGUAAAAGGAGAGAGCUACUCCCUUCUGAGAGGCUAUUUUUGAAAAAUGGGGUUCCUGAGAAAUGGACUAAUUAUGAUAGCCUGAGGGGGAUGUCUUCUCUAUUGAUUGAUGUUGAAGAUACCUCAGAGUAGGUAAGAACAGAUCCCCUCCCACCCCCACAAGGGACAACCCUUCCCCCAGACCAAGGUCUUCUGGCAGGAGUCCAAUAAGACUAUUUAUGGUUGAAUGGCUGUCCUUAGGUUCAGUUCCCUCUAUGUGUCCCCCUGAAAUGAUAGUCCUCUUAUCUGACUGCAUUUUAUUUAAGUAAAGGUGAAUUUUAAUAACAAGUUUGGAUUGGGGAGGUAUCAGGGAAGAGGGAAUCGGGAUUUUCCUAGACUGGGUUUGAGUCUCAGCUUUUGAGCUGAGGCCAGGCCUUGCAGGCUGGUGGAGGGUUUCUUAUUCCUGCCUAUUCUAAUCUCUGCUAGCUUUUGUUAAGUUCAAAGUCAUUAGCAGUAGACAGCUAAAGAGGAAGAAAAGGUUCUGACUUUCAGAGCUGGUUGGGCCUGUCUCUUUGGGCUGAUGCCUUCUAAAGACCGGCCUUACAGUUCAAACCAUUCCCCUUAAAUACUUUCGUUUGAUGAAAUGAUCCCUGGAAUCCAGGUAGAGCACCCAGUUGGGAAAAUCAGAUAUAGAGGUGCUUCUAUCCCAAGACAGGGAGAGAGUGCUCCUUCCAGUCUGAGGGCCAGGAAAAAGAGAGUCCUAGGAGAGCAACUUUCACUCUCCAACUCCCCCCUCCCCCCCACCAACUGUCAUCCCUGUUUUACAUCAGUUUUACUCAAGCCUUCCAACUGCUGUUUGCUCCACCUCAGUGGCAGAAAGUCCAGAGCUUGAUCCAGUUUUCCUCUCCACAGCUGGUAGAAACAGGAUCAGCAGAGAUAAGCUCCUUCCUCUCUCAGCUCCAAGACAGGAAGAGCCCACAUAGUAGUUGCACCUUCAAAAUUUCUCCUCCUACAUUUCAGAAUCUCCUGCAGUCAUGCUAGCCUCUUAAAACCAACUUUUACUACACUUAGAUUCAUUUAUAUUUCUGUGAUUUCUACCAUAAAAGUAGGGACUAUCUUAAUCUCCAUUGUAAAUAGCCCCUUCCCUUGCACCCUAGCCUCUAGCUAUGAUUCCUUUCCCUGAUUGUAUCCUGUCUGUAAUUGGAACACUCCCAUUUCCUUGUAGCUAUGGUAAUGUCAAUCAUCUUUCACUGCCCCUGGAUCCCUCAAGUGGUAUAUAGGUCCUCCAGAUUCUUUUGUUCCUUGGAGUUGUCAAUCUAGCAGGGUUGGUUCUCCCAGGGGUCAGUGACCAGAGCAACCGGGAUCUUGGAACUAUGUGUGGGUGUGUAGCAGGCAGCUCUGAGUGGAGGCCUUGAGGAAAGCACUGAAUCCCUUUCCUUAAUUAAAGAGUGGCUUUUCUGACUAUAAUAGUUCUGUGUUUUCUCAAGUUAAUACUAGCUAAACAAACAUGUAUUUAACUUUGUAUUAACAGUUGUGGAAAACAUUACAUAGCUUUACUCAGUUUGCAUUUAUACCUGUUUUUAUUAGGUUAGCUAAGUUGACUGUCUUCAAAAUUCUUUGUCCUGUGGCUAUUUCAAUUUACAACCUUAGCAGGAAAACAUAAGGAAUUAAUUCUGUUAGGACCUGAGAAAUCAAGCCCUCCAUCCUGCUCCCUGCUUCGUUCUUCUGUAGAACGAAGCAGGGAGCAGGAUGGAGGGUUUUAGCAGAGCACUGUGCUGAUGCUCCAGCUUAAGGGAUUUAUUAGGAAAGUCAUUACACAUUGAUACAUGAUGGAUGUGGGUCAUUGACAGACAACGGGAGGCAAUACAGAGAACUAUUUCAAAGGGAUAUUUUCAAGAUACCAAGUCUGGAUUCUACACAGGUUUGCUGAAUUCUCAUUACAGGCAAAACUCAUCAAUUCAUGGCUAUGUGACUAGGGAUGAGGAGGAUGGGGAGUGGGAAUAUCACUAAGAAUAAAUCCAGGGGACAUGGUGAGGUGUCUGGAAGAUAAAGAACAUCUGUAAAAGUUUCUAAUUUAUGGGGAUCCAGGUGUGAACUAAUGCUGAAAAUAUUUUUAAGGGGCAAGGAGAAAGGAAAGGAAUGGUUGGCAAACAGGGAGUAGAGAGGAGAGUUUGCAAAGUGCUGCAUGUCACAACUUUAAAGACCGUAUUCUAGAGUGUGGGGAAGAUAUGAGAAGACACAGUGGAGCUUGGAGCAACAACUUCCUGUGGUUGUCUUUUGUGUUAGCCAAGUGGGAGUUUGCCUGCCCUUUUCCUUUGGAGUCAAAGCUACCUGCCCUGCUGUCCUGGUAUCCUGGUGUUGAGAUCCUACCAACUCUGUCUUCUAAUUUGUCAUCUAAUCGUUUUCCUGUGUCCUGAGCGUGCAUCUGUACUGCUAUAAAGAGAACUGUUGGCCAGAUAGUAAAACUGACUGUGGGGAAGGCCUGAAGCCAUUUUGGGUCCAGCUGGAAGAGAGUUGGACUCAUCAAGGGUUCAAAGUUAAUACUCUGAUGAACUAUAAAUAUCUAACCAAAAGAUAUUUUAGAGGAUUAUUAGUCAGGUAAUUAGAAUAGCUAGAAUUUCUAGACAGAGAGUAGUGAACAGGCAUCUGGAAGAGAAGAUGGCUCUUUGCAGAGCCCUGAGGAAAGGAGGGAGGAGUAUCUAGAAUUCAUAGUUUAGGGAUUCCUAAUUCCUGAUCCUCCAGUAAUGCUACAGUGAAUAACAAUAAACCUUGUCUAUAAUAUUUUUAAACCUUGGUCUAAGAGUCAGAUAGCAUUUUGGGCCUGUAAGAGGCCUGCCAGUCCUAUCCUGAUAUAUCCUUUGCUGGAGGCCAUCACACCCCCACUGGCUGAUAAGGUCACAGUUUGGGAAAUAAUGAGGCCCCCACUGAUCCUCCUCUGUGACUUCUCUCUCUCUUUAACUUCUCUCAAUAAUGAAUGAUUAUUGUUCUCUCUCCAAUAUAAAAGAAAUGAUAUAAGAGCAAAGACUUAGGGAAUAAAUAUAUAUCUCACCUUGAUCCCCCAGAUUAUUACCCUAAAAGAUUACAUUCAGAGAAUUAAAACCUAAAGAUCAUACCCAUUACCCUCCCUCCUUUCCCUCUCCAUAGAGUUACAUUCACUCCCGUUACAAGCCAGGCAAGCCAAGAACAUCAAUCACCUUCAAGCCCACAUCUCACUCCACUGAAUCUGUUUGUAGACAAACCAGGCAACAUUGCUAGAUGCUUUAAAGUAACACAAGAAAAAUAGAACUUGUAAAUUGAGGAAAACCCCAUUUCUGGUCUGCUUUAAGUUACCCUUUAACCCUAUACCUAGCUAUGAAAUGUUUUGUUACCCAUCUCCUAAGUAAUUGUGACUGAUUGUGAAGGCUGAUCAAAAGCAACAACGAGUGUCUCAGCAGGUCAAGAGGAACUAACCUCCAGAUUACCCUAUGUCAUUUAUAUCCACCAUUAAUUUAUCUGUUGUAGCAACAUGGUAAAUGAUCACAGAAUGUUGAUUGGGUGAUUUGUUAACGUGUGACAUCCAAUUAAAUGCACAAGAUCAUGUAUGCAGAAAAUUGAUUGUAUGCCAGAAAAGUAUGUACUCACUGAACCUAUAUAAUAAACGAAACCUCCUGCCAUGGCAGAACGCUUUGUGAUGCCUAUGCAUGUAGGAUUGAGCAUGUAGCAUCUCUCAUCCAUUAUUCGACCUAACCGCUACACCAAACAGAGUGGCCCUACCCUCGGAGAGACUGCUGGCUCGGUUCUCAAAGAUCCUUGAUAUAUCACUUAUACAAAUUUACCAUUGAUAUUAUUCACAUUUAUUUCAAAGGUAUUAAAAAAUGAACUAUCAUAACUAUAGGAAGGAAAAAGAAGGAAAUGAGUUUGCAAAGAGAGAGUUUCCUGCAUGCCACAGAACUUUAUAGACUCUAUUCUAGAGUCUGAGGAAGAGAUAAGAAUGGGCAGGCACAGUGAGAUAGUUGGGGGCCGUUGGUUCCUGUCCUUUGGGGGGAAUUGGAGAGGUAACUUCCAGUGGCUUGGUCUGAGCCAAGUGGGAGUUUGCCUACCUGUUCCCUGGGGAGCCAGAGGUUCCUGCUAUUAUGUGAUACUGGUAUCCUGGUAUCUGGUGUGAGAUCCUAUCAAAUCUGCCUCCACAUUUAUCAUCUACUUGUGUUCCUGUGUCCUGUUUCCUGACACCUGAUAAGUGAAAGGCCAGCAACCUAGUAAAGCCUGUCCUGAAGCCAUCUCGGGCUUCAGCCUAAGAGGGUGAACUCACCAAGAGUUCAAAGCUAUCCUAUUGACAAACUAUAAACUUGUCCAACAUUACUUUGGAGGACCAGUUAGGUCAGAUAGCUAUAGAUAGAGAGUGUAGAGAAAGGCAGCCAGAAGAUUUUGAAGAAGGUUUCUCAGGAGGCCUGGAGAAAGGUGGGAGGAGUAUCCAGAAUUUAAAGAAUAGGAAUUCCUCUGUUCCUGGUCCUCCUAUCCUCUUUCAUUUGAAUGAUAAUAAAGCUUAUCUUUAAUGUUUUUAACUUUGAUUUACUAGUCAGGUAGCAUUCUGGGCCUCUAAGCUGCCUGUCAGGUCUACCCACUCAGUGUAUCCAAACUUGAUACAUCACUUAGACAAAUCUUUCCAUCCAUAUUAUCCACCUGUUUCAUAAUCAAUGUACUCAUGUUACAAACUUAUGGUUAUAUUUCUCAUGAUUAAUUACUUAAACACUGUAACAAAGUGUAAUAACUCUGAGCUUACGGCAUGCUGAUCAUUCCCUAAGCCUACAGUCCAAAGGUUAAUUGGACCUCUGGGCAGGGCACUGAGUCCUAAAUUAUUUUAGCCUCCUCCUCUUUGAUCUUGUGAUUGUUAACCCAGCCAAUGUUAAAUUCUCUGCCAUGUCUAAUGUUCAUUAACUACCUCCCAUUACCCAUUCCUUGAUUCUCCAAUAAAAGACUGGUAACACA